AUGCUCCGCGACGAGCUUCUCCGGUCUAAGAAUGAUGAGAUCGCAAACUGUUUGUUGUCGCGCAAGCGAAAACUGACCGAAUUGUAUUAUGCGACCGUGGGUUUUGAGGGUGCGACCGCCGACUCUCACUAUCAUCAAAAAGAACAGGCCUUCCUCGACGCCAACGACCUGUCUAAAGGCCGUUACUUUGAUGAAUCCACCUUACCGUCGCCUGCCCAUGCGCGCACUAGAGAUGCCACUAAAAAAGUGGUCGCGUCACCGGCAACAAUUGCGGCAACAUCUCAACAAGCUCCUGGUAUCACCUCCCCGCCGACAUUAGAUGGUAACGCUCUUUCAAUUCCGACCGAUGCCAGUUCCCAGAGAACACCUGCUGUGGCUUCGCUAGCAACCGCAAAGCCCGUCGCAUCUGUUCAGGAGGAUUCAACAAGCUUUAACGAGUCUCCUAUUCCUGCCACUAGCCCACAGGCAUCCCAAGGACAGGGCGUCUCAAUUUCUACCGCGCCACUCAAUCACUCGGUUGAACCGUCAAGCGCAUCCGUGCCAGAAACCCCCGUCAGCUCCCAAGGACAAAAUGGCGCAGAGGUCAAAUUCUCCCCAAAUGCAGCGACGACUAUCACCCCCUCACUGGAGAUCCCACCUACCUCUCUCCCCAAAAAGAAACUCGAUUCGCGACCUUCUCUCACAAUAGGCCCCUCGAACCAAGAUCAACCGCUCUCCCCCGCCUCCUCCAUCGAUCCAUAUUCUAAUAAUACGCCCGCGCCCGUCACUGCGUCUCCCGUCACCAGCCCUGGAGAGGAAGCUGCAGAAGCUGGGAAGAGCGACCACCCAAGUCCUCAACAUGAACGACCCAUGCAACCGCGUCGAAGCUUGGUUCCUUCGACUCCCGAUGAGCAAUUGCGAAUGGAGGAAGCACAGUCAAUGCAGAUUGCGGAAGAAUCAAAGACCGAGCAUCCUUCAUCGAAUGUGGUGAUUGAGGAGAGUGUGGGUCUCAAUGCCGAUAAGGAUUCCAUGGAGAUUGAUGAGGGAUCUAUCGAAAGAGUAGACCAGACAAAACUUCAAGACCAAUCAACUGCGGCUGGAACUGAAGAUCUGUUACCAACUGAUCGCUCAUCUGAAGGAAUGGAACCUGUUAAGGAUGCCGACGACGCAUCGGCGAGCAAAAAGCUAAAAACCAUUCCCCCAGCGCAGCCUGGUCUUUCACAACCCGAACGAAUGACAACCCGAGUGUCAUCAGGGGCUAUUCGACACAAGUCUGUUUCGGAAAUACUCGGAGAAACACCUCGAACUCCCCAUACCGUCAGCGAUCAUGACGCUCCUGAUAGUGUGGCCCGCAUGCGGUUCAAGGAUCGUAAAGACCGCGAGAAGGAGAGAACUCGGCUUGCGACUGUUGUUUUCCCCCACAUGACUCCCCAGCAGGAUAAGACAGAUUCGAUGGAUCUUGUGCAUGGAGACUCUGGUGAUGCCAUUGCCAAGCUGAACCAGGAGCAAGACUAUCUCUUCACGUUGUUCUUGAAUCGGGCAUAUGCGCCUCCUAGGGGAAUGAACAUGAGCACGCUUCUUGCAUCUGCUCAUAAAACCUUAAGCACUGACAACCAUUCGUUGGAAUACAAAGAGCAAAUGAAUUGCCGUACCUUGCGACGCAUAUACGCAUUGCAGAACGCCAAUCGGUGGCCCCUUCGGCAAAUGAAGCGGACUCCUGAACCUUCUCGCCAGGGUACCCAUUGGGAUGUUGUCCUGGAUCAUAUGAAGUGGAUGCGAACAGAUUUCCGCGAAGAGCGAAAAUGGAAAAUCGCAGCCGCUAAAAGUUGUGCUGACUGGUGCGCAGAAUAUGUAAACAGUGAUGAGGAACACCGAACUCUACUUCGUGUGAAUGUCAAGAUCCCAACGCCAACUGCUUUAGUACAAGAUAACUCAAAGACAGAGGGUGCUUCUCCUGAAGAUGUGAGCGACGAAGCUGCAGCAUUUCACCCAACUCCAGACCUUGUACCAUCGGCUGAGGAAGAAUCAGUCAGUGAUGGCUUCAACGAUGAGGCUCGACAUGAUCUUCGGGAUACUGUUGCACCUGCUGCUAUCUUCUCUCUUGGUUCGGAUGAGUUCAACUUUUCUGUCGACAUGACUCCGGCGGCAGAGAAGCUUCUUGAUGAAUUACCACUUUACGAACCGUUGCGAUUUACUCAGGAUACUCAUUUGCUUGCUUUCAAGCAACCUCCUGAUUCAGUCUGGAAAACUGAGCUUCUGCCGGUUUCUAAAUUUGCUUCUACCAAAAUCAUAUUUCGCGACGAUGAACGACCUCGCAAGCGAAGUCGCUACGACUAUUCGCAAUAUGGUUCUGAUUUGGAAUAUCGUAUUACUGAUAUUCCCCCGGAGCAGAAUAACGUCGCCUUGUUCCGGCCCGAGAACAAACCCAUACGUGAUCGCAUUCAUCCUGGCCACUCUUUUAGACCACCAACUGAACAUCCCAUGCCGUCUGUGGGUUUCUUCGAGUCUCGACAAUCUUCACAAUGGACCAUGUCUGAAGAUGAUGAACUUCGUCACUUGGUCAAGGAGUAUUCCUACAAUUGGUCGUUGAUCUCCAGUUGCCUAACAUCACCUUCAUUGUUCACUUCUGGAGCCGAGAGACGAACCCCCUGGGAAUGCUUCGAGCGCUGGGUAGGGUUGGAAGGUCUUCCAGCGGACAUGUCCAAGACCCAGUACUUCCGAGCUUAUCACCAGAGACUUGAGACAGCCCAGCGUACUGUGCUAGCCCAACAGCAAGCACAGCAGCAGCAGCAGGCACAACAGCAAGCCAACAAUGGCCAAGUGCAGCCACCUGUUCGUCGUCGGACGACUCAACCUCUACGGGUAGAUAGGAGAAGAUCCUCUCGACACCUCGCGUUGUUGGAUGGUAUGCGCAAGCUGGCUAAGAAGCGGGAGACAAUGAUUCAGAAGCAACAGCAUGCCUCUCAUCUCGCUUCGCUAAGAAAGGCAAAUGAAGCCAACCAGCCCAAGCCUCCAAUCACUACUCCUGCGGAAUUCAGUCGUCUAAAGUAUGAACGGGAAAUGAAGCUGCAAGAAAGACAGGAACAAUAUCGACAACAGAUGAUUGCUCAGCAAAGAGCCAGUCUCGCUGCUCAACGUGCUGGACAGUUGCCUAAUCAGCAACAGCCUGCGAUGAAUGCUCAAGGACGACCACCCACCAGUAUGCCACCCAAUUCUGCCAAUGCAGCCAUGCCCAAUGGGACACCGAAUGGAGUUCCUGCUGGUAUGCCUCCCGGUGCUGGCGUCAACCAAGGUCGAACCCAGCCGAUGCAGGGAUUGCCUGCUGCAACGACGCCAGUGAAUGGCCAAUUGCCUGCCAAUGCGAUGGCCAUGAAAAUGAUGCCUCAGGGCCAAAUGCAACAAACCGUGGGCGCAAGGCCCGGUAUGGCGAUGCAGACAUCUCCGGAUAAUACACGUGUCAUUCGAGAAGCCAAUCGUCUGCAGGAACAGCAACGUCUGUUGCAAUCUCGACAGGCCCAAGUUCCUCAACAGGGUCAGCCCCAGCAGGCACAGCCGCCAUUCCAUAACCAGCAGUUUGCGCCUCAGGGAUCCCAUUCGCCAAAUCUUAACAAUAUGCCGAACGUUAACGGUGGUCCCAACAACCCUGCAAUGAUGGCAGCGAUACAAGCCCAAGGAGGAAUGCAAAGCCCCUCGUUCCACGCUGGCACACCUCAAGGUGUUUCAACACCUUCCCCUCGCAUGGGCCAGCCUAAUCCUCUCUCGAGUGGCGUUGUUCCAACCAUCAGCACUUUCCAAAGUCAAAUCCAACGUGCCAACCCCAAUCUCUCUGCAGAGCAGAUCAGCAAGAUGGCUACGGAUCGACUCAACCAGUAUCAGCAGCAGCGCAUGUCCCAGCAAGCGGCUAUGAAUGCUGCCGCCGGGGGCAUGAAUAAUGUCCAAGCCAACUAUCAAGUGCCGCAUGAUGGAAACUUCCAGACUCCUCAGCAGCCGGGCAUGUCUAACGGUAACCCAGCAAUGCAGGUCCCUCAGAACCAAGGUUUCUCUCCGAUGAUGCGUGUCCCUCAAACAAACCAGCAGAAUCGGGUUGCUCCUACCAGUUCACCUGCUAUGAAUGGAGCUGUUCCUCAGACCAGUCGAAGCGCAACGCCUCAGACUCAGCGCAGUGGCAGCGCGCAGGCUGCCGCUGUGCAAGGCUCCAACAAGAGUCCACACCCACCUGCUCAGACAGCGAGCAGUUAA